AUGGCUUCAAUGCGUCUUUGCAUCGAUGGGAGCACUUUUCGAGACCCUCAGCAGCGGGAAGUUGUCUUAAGAGGCAUCAACAUUGAUGCGACGGCCAAAUACCCGAAAACCCCAGAUAUACCUUCAUACGUCCCGGACGGAUUCUACGAUGGAGAUAAUGUUUCAUUUGUUGGACGGCCGUUUGCUAUUGAAGAUGCCCACACGCAUUUCGAGAGGUUGAAAAAAUGGGGCUAUAAUCAAAUCAGGUACAUCUUCACAUGGGAGGCCAUUGAACAUGCUGGGCCUGCAAAGUAUGAUGAGGAAUGGAUAGCGUUCACAAUAGAAAUGCUACGGGUCCUGAAGCAAUAUGACUUUUAUGUCUAUAUGGACCCUCACCAGGAUGUGUGGUCCCGAUUCUCGGGUGGCUCCGGGGCCCCUAUGUGGACGUUAUAUGCUGCAGGACUCGAUCCUCGGUCGUUCAACGUUACCCAAGCAGCCCUCGUCCAAAACACGUAUCCUGAACCUGCCUCCUUUCCAAAGAUGAUAUGGAGCACGAACUAUACUCGGCUUGUCUGUCAAACAAUCUUUACCUUGUUUUGGGCAGGAAAAGAUUUCGCCCCUAGAGCUAUCAUUAACGGCAAAAACAUACAAGACUUCCUCCAGGAUCAUUUCAUUGCUGCGGUCAGGCAUUUGGCUAAGCGUAUUAACGAAGCUGGUGGCCUUGAAGAUGAAGUAGUAAUCGGCUGGGAAAACAUCAAUGAACCAAAUAGGGGCCUGGUAGGCUACCAGGAUAUAUCAGUUAUCCCCCCGGAGCAACAACUUCAACUUGGCACAUCACCGACUGCCUUUCAAGCAAUGCUGACUGGCUCAGGCCGUGCUUGUGAAAUUACGACCUGGGCCUUUGGUAAUUUUGGGCCCCGCCAAACUGGAAGAGAGUUGGUUGAUCCAAAAGGUACUACUGCCUGGCUCCCGGCGGACUAUGAUGAUAGUAAAUAUGGCUGGAAACGAGAUCCCCAGUGGAAACUUGGAGAAUGUCUUUGGGCGCAACAUGGUGUUUGGGAUCCCGCUACAGAUACGUUGUUGAGAAAAGAUUACUUUGCGAGAGACCCUAAAACUGACGAACAGUUGGAUUACAAUGGCUUCACCAACCAGUACUUUUUAGAUCAUUAUCGAAAGUACAAAAAUGCUAUCAGAAGCGUUCAUGCCAACGCCAUAAUGUUCUGCCAGCCGCCGGUAAUGGAGAUCCCUCCAACGAUCAAGGGAACGGCUGAUGAUGAUCCGAAUAUGGUGCAUGCUGUUCACUUCUAUGAUGGUCUCACUCUUAUGACAAAACACUGGAACCGGUUUUACAAUGUUGACGUGAUCGGCGUCCUCCGUGGAAAAUAUCUUACGCCUGCAUUCGCUAUUAAGAUCGGAGAGACGGCCAUUCGAAAUUGCCUUCGAGAUCAGCUUCAUUUCCUUCGACAAGAAAGUUUAGAACACAUGGGGAACCAUCCUGCAAUUCUUACGGAGAUCGGUAUUCCAUAUGACAUGGACGAUAAAUAUGCUUAUAAGACCGGCGACUAUAAAAGCCAGAUCAGCGCCAUGGAUGCCAAUCAUUAUGCUAUUGAAGGUAGUGGCAUGAACGGCUUUUCACUCUGGACUUACAUGGCAACGGUGUGGAGCUUUCUGUUUCUGACACUGUUUUCUACAACCUUGCUAAUUCGCAAUAUGCAGAAUAUUCACGAAUGGGGCGAUCAUUGGAAUGGCGAAGAUUUAUCGAUCUAUUCCCUCGAUGACCUUGAGUUACCUACGGCGAAAGCACUGGGCCAAGAUCCGCAAAACCAGUCCAGUAUAUCUCUUGACCGUACAUCACCUGCGUUCUCCCAGAGUCGAACUGAUUCACUAAGCACACGCAUAGAGCCAAAUAACUUAAAACAAGCGCUCUCCACUCCGUCUAUAUCAGUUAGUCCAACGUCAAACCCUGAACUCUGCAGUCACAUGGGGUAUCGCGCAGCCGAGGCGUAUAUCCGACCGAGUCCUGUCUCGAUACAUGGAAGUCUAGAGGCAUACGGAUUUGAUUUGCAGAAUUGUACAUUUACGAUGUCGUUGACGUCGGCGACCUCCACUCCAGAAAAUGCACCUACCAUCGUGUAUCUCCCGGAGUUCCAUUAUCCUAGCAUGCAUACCGAUGUUACCGUGAGCGGUGGGAAAUGGGUUAUCGAUGUUGAGAAAAUGGGAUCUGGGAUCGUCCAGCACUUGAAGUGGUGGCAUGCAGAAGGGGAUCAAACCAUUGAGAUUCGUGGUGCAAAACGAAAAGCAGGUGUGGUCGAGGACACCGCUGAUGACGAAGGGUACCUGGAGCAAUGCCGUCGCGAAGCCUGCGCCGUAAUGUAG